GGCUACAGAACUAUCUUUGGGACUGCCGAUAUACUGCCCUGGGAGGCAGGAGGAGAAUUGAUGAAGGUCAUAAGUCUAGUCAGGAUGUCGGUGUACUCCGUACGAACUAGCUGGACCCACUCACCUGCAGAACGGAUUGUGCCCGAGAAGUUAGGCAUUCGCAACUUCUCCUUGGCGAGCUUAGACCCAGAAAAACUUGCUGGCUUCUGAACAUAUCGCAUGCCGCCCCGGCCGAGAUAGCAGCGAGACGUGACCCGGAGGAGUCGAGCGCCAAACCAGCAGCCACCCGGGUGCGACCGAGUCAAUUGAAUACGGGGAGCUAUGAGUGUAGCACGUCCGGCUACCAGGAGACUCAUCUCCGGGCGCCUGGCCGCAUCGCCUGUUGCUCCAUGCGCUGCUCCGACGCCGACGACGGCACCAUGUCAACAGGUCUUUGCACACCAGUUCCACAGCUCGCGACAGUUGUCGGCGAGGCGGAGGCCACGGUUCGCCAAUGUGCGCGCCGCCGACAUGGGCUUGAUGAGCGAGAAGCAGAUCGACGACUUCACAAAAGAGAAGUUCCCCCAGUACACCAAGGAGGAGCUCGACCACCUGCGGACAAAGUAUUCGCCCGCGCAGAUUGCCGCCCUCGAAGCCGGUGAGGCCGCCAUCAACCCGCGCGACCUGACGGUGCAGGGCCGCUUGCGCAACGACCCCUACACCAUCCCCUACAUCGACGACUUUGCCGAGACGCAGCCCGUCAUCGACAAGCGGGCCAAGAACAAGGAGGCCCCCGACCCCUCGGCCCGCUUCAUGAACAUGGACGAGUUUACCCAGGAUCUGAUCAUGUGGGCCGACAAGUUCCAGGUGGGCGACGUGACGGGGCAGCUCAAGACGCUGGUCGACUUCGUGCCGGAGGAGUUCAAGAAGGUGCCCGAGGGGAACUGGCCGGGCGACGUGCGGGAGGAGGCGCACAAGGCGUUUCAACAGUACCUCGAGGCCGAGGUCAAGCGGCAGAAUGAGGCCAAGGACGUCGACGACGUGGGCGGGGGGCCGACCGACGCCGAUAUCCUGCAGUACAUCCUGGAGCGGUCGGCCAUGACGGACAACGGCCGGACGACCAACACGUCGCUGGCGCACGCGCUGCCAAGCAAGGUGCCCGGCGUGGCGGGCCUGUACAAGAAGGCCAUCGACCCGGCCGACAUGGGCCUUGACGACAUCGGCGUCUACCAGGACCUCAAGCGGCGCACGGGCAUGAGCGUCGUCGAGAUCCUGCGGCUGCAGACCAAGCAGCUGGUGGACCGCAGCGUGGCCAAUCAGACGCGUCUGGGCAAGGUGCGCAAGACGUCUGUCAUGUACUGCGCCGGCAACGGUAACGGCUGGCUCGGCAUUGGCGAGGCCAAGUCGACCGAGCCGUCGAUCGCCAUGCUCAAGGCCCGCCUGAUGGCCAUCCGCAACAUGCAGCCCAUCCGCCGGUACGAGAACAGGACUAUCUACGGCACUGUCGAGGCCAAGGUGUCGGGCACGGUUGUCAGGAUGUCUGCCCGUCCGCCAGGAUUCGGCCUACGCGUCUCUCACCGCAUCUUUGAAAUGUGCCGCGCUGCCGGCAUCACGGACCUCGCCGCCACCAUCCCGCGCUCGCGCAACCCCAUGAACUCGGUCAAGGCGGCUUACAAGGCGCUCCUCACCCAGCCCGACCCGGAGGAGAUUGCCAUGGGCCGGGGCAAGAAGCUGGUCGAUGUUCGCAAGGUGUACUAUGGCGGGGCGGUGUACUAAUCUGUCUGUGUUCUUGUCCUAACGCUAGAGGUAGAUGGACCUUGUAGAAAUCUUGUACCAUAUCAUGUCGGCAGCAUUGCGCUUCCUGGUAAAUAGUUGGAGGGCUUUUGGGUCCCUGUCUGAUUUUGAUGCGUAGUGGUGAGAUGGACUUCUCUGGACGCAGUUUGGUGUGUGUGACACGACGC